AUGUCGACACCGAUGACGAAGCGGCCCUUUGAAGCCGGGCGAACUUCACCGAGCAAGUCGAGCUCGCCUGCGCGGACGUCACGGUCGACGACGCCGGGCGGCGAAAAGACGGGGACGAGCAUCGGGUCCGGGGGAACGACGGCAGGCAACAACGCGGUGCGUACGCGGUCGAUCCGGUCGAGCACGCUGGUGUCGGGACGGGCAGGCGCAGCGGCGGGUGCACACCGACGCGACUCGUCGCGGCUGAGCACAGCGACAGGCGCAGACGUGGCAGCAGCGACAGAGGCGCAGGAGGCGGCGCGGGCAGAGACGGUGGCGCUGCUGGACGACCUCAAGGAGCGGCUGACGCAGGCGGAGAGCCAGGCCGAGCAGUUCCGGCGGCUGGCCGACGUGCAGCAGGCCAAGCUGGACGAGGCGCUGCGUGAGCAGGCCCGGCUGGAAGAGCGGACACACGAGUACGACGAGCAGGUCGAGGCGCUGCAGAGCGAGAAGCGCGAGAUGGGCCGGCAGAUGCAGCAGAUGGAGACCAUCUACGAGGCCGAGCACAGCGCGAUGACACGCGAGAAGGAGGACAUGGCCAACCGCGAGGAGGAGAUGCAGGCCGUCAUCCAGCGGCUCAAGGACAGUCUGGCCCAGCGGAACAACAACGCGAGCGGUGACGACGAGGGCCGGCCCUCGAGGCAGUCUGGAAACAACUCGCCCGGGCUUGACAGCAGCGGUGGCAGCUUUGCACCUCCAUCGUCGCUGCACCGCAGCGAUUCGCGCAACAACUCGAAGCUGCUGCUGCAGAAGGACAAGCUGAUCGAGUCGCUGCGGCUGGAGCUAGCCGAGGCGCAGAUCAAGCUGGUCGAGUCGGAGAACCAGGGCGGCGGGCGGCUGCGUGAGGUCGAGCGCCAGCUGAUGGAGGCCCGCAUGGCCAACGCCCGCCUGAUGGAGGACAACGAGAGCUACCAGCUGCUGCUGCAGGAGAAGACGCUGAAGGGCGACUUUGGCACGGCCGACUUUGGCUAUCUCAGCGGCAGCGGCAACGGCGGGCUCGGAAGCACGGCCGCCAACAAUACAGCCGGUAGCAGUGCAGCAGCUAGCGGCGAGGGAGGAGCCACGACGCCCAACGAGACCCGGUCGGCGAACCAGGACGCGCUCGCCGCGCUCGAGGGCCGUGGAUCGAGUCUGGCCGACGAGCUGUCGGGAGCUGCUGGCAACGAUAGCGAUAGCGAGAGCGGUGCCGUGGCCGUGGUCGAGGUGGCGUCCGAGUCGCAGCGCCGGCUCGAGGCUGAGCUCAAGUCGCUGCAGGACCAGAACAAGGCUCUGACGCUGUACAUCAACAAGAUCAUCGAGCGUCUGCUCGAGCACCAGGAGUUUCAGUACAUCCUCGACCGUUCGUCCGAUGGCAAGCCGCCGCCGGCUCCCACGUCGCUGCCAGCCACCAGCGCCGGCGUCAACGCGAGUGCCAGCGCUAUGGCCAGCGCCAGGACCAGUGCCAGUUCCAGCGCCAGUUCCAGCGUCUCCGGCGCCAACACCAACAAGGACCUGCCGCCGCCACCCGCUUCCCAGCUUAGUCAGCAACAGGCUGGCAGCAUCCACAACUACCUGUCGCGCACAAAGUCGAUGGCCGUGGGUGGCAGCAAUGCGUCGCGCGUGCGACCCCGACCGGCCUCGGCUGUGCACGAGUCGGCGCAUAGCCACCCGGAUACGGCGCCGUCGAUCCCCAUCUCGCUGUCGCGGUCCACGAGCGUGCGUCGCCAGCGGCCCAUGAGCGAGCAGUACGUGCGCCACGGCGGCAUGAGCGGGCCCUCGGCUGCGUCUGUCAUCAACGCCAUGUACAAGGGUCCCGACGGACCGCUGUCGCCGUCGUUCCGCAACUCGGGCUACCUCUUUGGCGGCGUCAACGGGGCCAACGGCGGCACCGGUGGUUCCGGCGGCCCCAACAGCUCGAGGUCCUCGAUCCAUGGCCCGCGCUCGCCCGCCCUCCCGGCUCUCUCGACCAGCGGCAACUUCCCUGGCAUGCGCAGCGAGACGUCCAGCGUGUCGGGCGACUGGGACUCGAUCAGCUCGCCCAAGAGCCUGAGCCCGCCGCGGCAGAUGGAGAAGACGUCCUUUACCGGCUCCAAGCCGCGGCCGCUGCGUCUCGUCCAGGAGAACACUGACCUCGUAAAGGUCGAUCUCGGCGUCAACAAACGCGCCAGCUGGAUCGGCUGGGCCUUUGGCGGCAAGAAGGACGACGGCAGCCACAGCCCCAUGCACACCAGCGUCGCCCUCGCCAGUUCCGAGCCCAUCCAGGAGUAA